AAUUUCAUAUGUCUAAAUAUGUCUAGAAAAGUAAAUAAAUAAAUGUAUUAUGAAAGUAUUCUUUGCUAGUUAAAUAUAUAUUGUAUAGUGUACAUUAUUUUUUUAUUUUGAUACUGAUACAUAACAUUUUGAUAAAUAUGUACAGUGAUUUUGAUAAUAGCUUAUCCUGGUAGAAGAUCGCAGAAAAUGACAACGUAUUACAAUUUGUUUGUUUGUGAAGUCAUAACGAAAUAUUUACGUAUAUAUAUUAUAUGUAUUAUAUUUAUUCAUCAUUUUUUAUGUCUACGUACAAUCAACAAUCAUAGCUUCUUACAUGUGGAGAAACAUUACCCAACACCAUAAUCGUUCCUGCUAAGUAGAAACGCCACUUUGUAAUAAAACAUGCCAAUCCUCUUAAUUCGAUAUCCGGAUACAGUGGUUCAGGUUAACGAAGACGAAGGUCGAGAACUUGGGUUUCCAGAUGUAAGUUCUUAACAAAUUCGAUACUAGACAGAUGUAUACAAUUUAUGCACUGCUUUAUGUUUGAUGCUUUAUGAAUGAAGAAACGAACUAAAGAACUAUUUCCGUCGGUCACGCGAUGGUUUCUAUAUCGGUCUGCAUUCUGCGUUUUGGGACAGUAGCUAGCAACAGAAGUAAGAUUUUGCUGGUGUUGCGAAAUACUAUUUAACGCAAGGCUUUGAUACUAAGUUACAAAAUGUGUCGGUGCUGGUACUACGGUAUGAGAUGUUUCCGGGUCAGUGAUCAUUCCGGACCGUACGUAAGAGUGGAGAUAAUUUUGUAAAAUAUCUGACAAACAAUAUUAUUGUGUUAAAAUGACAUAAGCUCAGGUAUGAAAUCAAGAUUAAUUUAAAGUAGUUUUACGAAAAAAUACAAUUAAAAUAAGUCUAUAAAUACACUAUUUUUUAAAUUAUUGCUUUCUUCAGUAUUACAUAACCUGUAAUACCUAUAUAAUUUUUAAUGAAAGAUAUGUACAUGCUUACUUUUAUUGUUAGUUUCGUGGCAUUCGGGAUUUCAGUGUUCCACAAAUGUCUCAUAAUCAAAUAUGUUCCGUAACUUCGAAAGGCUCAGGCCUCUGGUCUAGACAGAAAGUUAGAUUCUAUACCCGUUACCAGUUAGUUAUUCACUAUAAUUACAGACUUUCGCUACAUUGAUGAGUAAUAAUCGAUCUUGAAUUGCUGCGUGAAAUGCACGCACGCGAUAUCCCGGGCGCAAACUCAUCGCUCUUACAAUCGAUGCUCCUGAACUGUCGUAAACAGUCGUUUUCCAUCUGUCCGCGAAUAUGCAUCUCUCCGUUCGACGUCAGACAGAUCCACCGCAAAACACGAAGUACGAAGAAGAUAUUGUUUACGUGACGAAACACAACAAAUGGGUUUUAAAUUCCAUCGGGAUGUGGCCCGUUGUGGCAGAAGGCAUCGACAAAUUUUUACCAAAAAUCGUAAUCGGAUUCAGUAAUUUGGUGUCGCUUUUUACGGUUGUGCAGUGUAUACUACAUAUUAUAUUAGAGGAAAAAGAUGCUUUAUUACGACUGAGGCUCUUGGGAUUGGCUUGCUUUGCUUCAAUCAACCUGUUGAAGUAUUGGGCUGUUAUAGUGCGCAAACCGAACAUCGAAUACUGUAUCAAACAGGUGCAGACAGAUUGGAAACAGGUAGAGUUUCAAAAAAAUCGCAUGCUGAUGCUAAAAUACGGAAAAAUCGGCAGAGAUCUGACCAUAUAUAGUGCCGUGUUCAUGUAUAGUGCUGGCAUGUGCUACGUUACGAUCAUGCAGUAUGCAAUGGGAAUGAGUCUAAAGGCAAAUAAUCGUACGAUCAGAGUGUUAGUGUACCCUACGUAUAGUGGAUUUUUCGAUGCUCAGAAAAGCCCCAUUUACGAAAUCGUGUACGUUCUCCAAUGUAUGUGCACAUUUGUGUUCAACUCUGUGACAGUUGGGUGUUGUGGAUUAGCCGCACUUUUUGUAACACACGCCUGUGGACAGAUUGAUGUCGUCAUAUCUCAAUUAAAUGAUCUGGUUGAAGGAAAAUUCGCCAAGAAAAAUUCUGAUCCGAACACUCGACUGAUGGAAAUCGUAAAACAUCACAUAAGAAUUUUAAAAUUUUCUGCGGUGAUUGAGACGGUUCUGCAAGAGGUGUGUUUUUUCGAAUUCGUUGGUUCCACGUUUGUAAUAUGCUUGCUCGAAUACUACUGUAUAACGGAUUGGCAACAGAAUAAUAAAAUUGGUUUGACAACGUACUCGAUGCUACUAGUAUCCUUGACGUUCAACAUGUUCUUGUUAUGCUACAUUGGCAAUCUUCUAAUAGAAAAGAGUACUAGCGUCGGAAUAUCCUGUUAUAUGAUUGAGUGGUACCGCUUACCAGGCAAGACAAUGCAAGGUCUCAUUUUGAUCAGCGCCAUGUCGAAUAGCCCGGCGAAAAUUAGCGCCGGCAGAAUAUUUCUUUUAUCUCUGCCUGCUUUCGGAAAUAUUUUGAAGACAUCAUUCGCGUACUUAAAUUUUGUCCGGAAUACCAUUGUGUUAUAAUCUAAUAAUUAUUCGGUUAUUUC